AUGAUUGAUUCAGGAGCGACAGGGAACUAUAUGGACCUAAGAACACAAGAAAAACUGCAGAUACUAGGACAAAAGAAACCUACACUAAUACCAUUGACAGGGCUUAAUGGAGAGAAACUGUCAGAAGAAGGAAUCACCGACGAAACAGGAUGGUUAGCCAUGAGCAUUGACGGACACCUCGAGAUGAUCAACUUUGAUAUUGCGAAACUAGGAAGAGACGACGUAAUCCUAGGAAUACCAUGGUUGAGAAAGCACAACCCAGAGAUCCAAUGGGAUAAAGGACACCUACAUUUGACGAGAUGUAGAUGUGGAACAACCCAGACUAUAAAAGCCUCUGAGACGACAGAGAGCCAGGAGAUCGACAUUCAGGAAACAAUGGAUACUCCUCAACAGGAUGAGACCAAGGGCAGGGUCAUCGCUGAAGUCACGGAAGAGAUUACGCUGCAUGAAGAACAAGAGAUGUUCAGGAAACUCUUAGAGAAAGCGGCGAAAGAACGACAACUUGCAAGCAGUAUGAACGUUGCGUUACCAAUAGAAUACGAGCAGUUCAGAGAUUUGUUUGACAGAACAUACCAGGCCUUACCAGACCACAAUGAAUGGGAUCAUACUAUUCCACUUAAGGAAGGAAAAGAGCCAGUACCUCAGAAGAUUUACCCAGUGUCGGGAAAUGAAGAAGAAGCUCUGAAAAAAUACAUCGAAGAAAAUCUAGAAAAAGGGUACAUACAACCAUCGACAUCACCGGCAGGAUACCCAGUACUAUUUGUCAAAAAGAAAGGAACAAUAGAUUUGAGAAUGUGUGUUGAUUUUCGACAACUCAACAACAUUACGGUUAAGGACAGUUACCCCUUACCACUGAUCACAGAGAUACAAGAUAAAGUUCGAAACAAGAAAUGGUUCACUAAACUUGAUAUCACUGACGCAUAUAAUUGCCUCAGGAUCAAGGAAGGAGAAGAAUGGAAAACAGCAUUCAAGACCAAGUUUGGACAUUUUGAAUAUUUAGUCAUGCCAUUCAGGCUCACCAACGCACCAGCAACAUUCCAGAGAUACAUCAACAAUGUGAUCUCACCAUAUUUGCAUGACUUUACCAUCACUUACUUAGAUGACAUUUUAAUAUUCUCCAACAGCAUGGAAGAACAUGUGAAACACGUGAGAUUAGUACUCGAACGACUAAAAACGGCAAAACUACAAGUGAAACUGAAAAAGUGCGAAUUCCAUGUACAAGAAACUGACUUCUUGGGACACAGAAUCACACAAGAAGGAAUACAAACAGAAAAAGAGAAAGUUCAGGCAAUCAGGGAUUGGCCUCAACCAAGGAACCUCAAGGAACUACAGUCAUUCAUUGGACUGAUCAACUACUAUCGACGAUAUAUUGAAAACUACGCAAAGAUCAUGACACCGAUGUUCAAGUUACUGAAAAAGGAAAUACCAUAUGAAUGGAACGAAGAACAACAAAAGGCAUUUGAAGAAGCCAAGAAACGACUCACAACGGCACUUAUUUUGGCACAACAUGACCCCGAAUUACCAACAACAUUGGAAAUAGACGCAUCAGACUUUGCAAUUGGAGCAACCAUGACUCAACCAGGAACAGAUGGAAGACCCAGACUAGUUGCAUACUACUCAAGAAAGCUCAUCGACGCAGAACUCAAUUACGAGAUACACGAUAAAGAACUGUUGGCUAUAGUGUCAGCACUUCGGCAUUGGAGAGUAUAUCUCGAAGGAGCAACAUUUCCGAUACGAAUCAUUACGGAUCACAAGAACCUUACCUACUUCACGACAACAAAGUUUACUAUCGAACACUGCAAAGGCAAGGAAAACGAAAGAGCAGACGCUCUCAGCAGACGACCAGAUCACGAAGAAGGAAUCAAGAAACCCGAACCAGCAUUACUACGAUUAAACAAAGAAGGACACUUGGAGUAUAAUCCACAAGUGGCUACACUCGCAGCAACGGCAGAGACGAUAACAGAUUCAGAAUUACAAGACAAAAUCGUUGAAGAAACGGCCAAGGACGAUUUAAUUCAGUCUUUAAUCGAAAAUGAAGACGACAAAGUUAUAGCAACAGAGACAGGAUUAGAAAUCAAAGCACCAGAUUACUCAUGGCAAUGGAUUAUGAUGGACCACAUUGUCAAACUACCAGAAUCACGAGGAUGUGAUGCUAUUCUAGUAAUAGUGGAUAGAAUGACGAAAUACGCACACUUUAUACCGACAACAGAAGGAACCAACGCUGAAGAAUUAGCAGAAGAACUGAUAGACGGAGCAGAACUACUAUCUAUGGCUCAGCUGGUAUACAACUCAGCAAAACAUUCGACAACCGGUGUAUCACCAUUCUUUGCAAACUAUGGACGAGAACCACGAUUAAUGGGACAACCAAAGUUCAAGGAAUCAGUCAACGCUACAGCAGAAGAAAAAGUACAAUAA